AAUGAGGAGAGGAGGUGUUGGAGAACAGAUGAAUGAAUGAAUAAAUGAAUGAGGAUGGUGCAGCCCUGGGGCUCAUCUGAAUCCAGGACGACCCCCUGGAAGAGAAGCAGAAAGUCCCCUUUACACAGAAAAAGAUAAUUUGGCAUAAUUUGAUCCUCAUCACAACCAGGCGGAUGGAACGUCCCCAUUUGCAGACCAAUCUCUCUGAGGCCCAGAGAGAUUGAGUCACUUAUGGGACAGCGUCACAGUGACGAACUUGGGCUUGAGAAUCAGACCUGAGGGUGCAGCCAGCUUCUGUGACUUUGGACAUGUGUCUUAAAAAUUAAAUCUGGACUCUUUCCCAGCCUGCAAGCCCCCCCCACCCCACCCCGAGUCACCUCUUUUACCUGCUGUCUUCGUGUUCUCCCAUUGCUCACUUCACUCCGAUCAACCACACUGGUCUCCAGCUGAUCUAUCUCCUGGGCGUGCCCUCUCUUCUCGCUGCUCAUGCCGCUGGGACUGGGGCGGCGGAAAAAGGCGCCGCCUCUGGUGGAAAAUGAGGAGGCAGAGCCAGGCCGUGGUGGGCUGGGUGUGGGGGAGCCGGGGCCCCUGGGCGGAGGUGGGGCAGGGGCCCCCCAAAUGGGCUUGCCCCCCCCUCCCCCUGCCCUGCGGCCCCGCCUUGUGUUCCACACCCAGCUGGCCCAUGGCAGCCCCACUGGCCGCAUCGAGGGCUUCACCAACGUCAAGGAGCUGUACGGCAAGAUUGCUGAGGCCUUCCGGCUGCCAGCCGCUGAGGUGAUGUUCUGCACCCUCAACACCCACAAAGUGGACAUGGACAAGCUCCUGGGGGGCCAGAUCGGGCUGGAGGACUUCAUCUUCGCCCACGUCAAGGGGCAGCGCAAGGAAGUGGAGGUGUUCAAGUCGGAGGAAGCGCUGGGGCUCACCAUCACAGACAACGGGGCUGGCUAUGCCUUCAUCAAGCGCAUUAAGGAGGGCAGCGUGAUUGACCACAUCCAGCUCAUCAGCGUGGGUGACAUGAUCGAGGCCAUCAACGGACAGAGCCUGCUGGGCUGCCGGCACUACGAGGUGGCCCGGCUGCUCAAGGAGCUGCCCCGAGGCCGCACCUUCACGCUGAAGCUCACAGAGCCCCGAAAGGCCUUUGACAUGAUCAGUGUGCGUUCAGGGGGUGGCCGCCCAGGCUCCGGUCCCCAGCUGGGCACUGGCCGAGGGACCCUCCGGCUCCGAUCCCGGGGUCCUGCCACAGUAGAGGAUCUGCCGUCAGCCUUUGAGGAGAAGGCCAUUGAGAAGGUGGAUGACCUGCUGGAGAGUUACAUGGGCAUCAGGGACACAGAGCUGGCGGCCACCAUGGUAGAGCUUGGAAAGGACAAAAGGAACCCAGACGAGCUGGCUGAGGCCCUGGAUGAACGGCUUGGUGACUUCGCCUUCCCGGAUGAGUUUGUCUUUGACGUCUGGGGAGCCAUUGGGGAUGCCAAGGUUGGCCGCUACUAGGCCUCCCGCUGGACCUUGAGAUGACUUGGGCCAGGCCUGGAGGGAGCCUCUGUGGUGGAGACACCAUGGGCUAGACCCCAGCGUCCAGCUCGGGCCCAGCUUAGUAGCCCGAAGAUGAUGCGGAGCGGAAGUGGGGCCCGACCUCUGCCCACCUCCAGUCGGUACCACCCCCUCAACGGUUCCCAGCCUGGCUGGGGUCCCCAGCCCCCGACCCCACCCCCGCCCUGUUCCCCACCUACCUCAGCCGGGUCAGGCGCCGGGAGGGACCAGCCAGAUUGGGCGGCCACCCCCGCCCCCAGUACUUUCCGCCUCAGCUGCCAAACUGGUCCCUCUAUCUCCCUGGGGCCUUGGGUUCUGUUUGGGGGGUCGUGACCUCCCUAGUUUCCUGACGCAGGGCAUGCAGAAGGGGGGGUGUCCCCCUCAGCAAACGCAAUAAUACCCUCCCCCUGCGCCACCUCCGUCCCCCCAGAGGAGCCCCCACUAUGGAGUCUGUUACCUCUGCAUUUGAAACAUGAGUCUGCUGUGAAGCCCCCAGACGCCCUCCCUCUCCUGCCCCCCUGUGUCUCCCUCCGCUCAGCCCCAGACAGAAGGGGCAGGAGGGAUGAUGGUGGUGGGCUUUCAUAUCUGAAUUUGCCGUCUGGAAGAUAAAGAAUCUGCUGUUGGA